AGUCGGGCAUCUUGCUGGAUUCCUCUUCAACACCACCGUCUACUUUCUUCUUCGACUUAUUUCUGCGGUUUUGUGACUGCUGAGCCUCAUUUCACUCUAGCAGCGGACGACACCGACGACCUCUGACGCGUAGGCAUUGCGUUGCCCGCCCCCAGCUGAGAGACAUCCCCGGUACACCCCGACUCACCCACUAGCCCUCCCAGCGCUCGGUAGAGCCUCAGCUGAGCGGUUGGGACGCCAGCUCGGCGAGAGGUUGCGCAGAGCUUUAAAGCCAGUACUGGACAAACGAUACUUAGGGCCAGACAAUCCGCUGUGUCGUGAAAGACGCGACUCGUGCUCCUUUCAGCCUUCCACCUACGGCACAGCACGCCGACGGCAGCCUUGCGGCGAGGCUGUGAAGGAAAAAGGACACCUCUCCCACAUACCUCUCUAAACCCUACAACACCACAGCCUCGCGUGUGUCUAGGACCCAACCAUGGAUCCCAUCUCUACCUCGAACCCUCCCUCCGCGGUCACAGACACGGCCCCCGUCUCCCCCGUCGCCCGCAGCACCUCGUUCCCACAUAAGACCUCUUCCGCCGUCGCGCCGUCGAAACCCUCCAUCGACACGUCCACGCCGGCGAUCAACACCGAGCCGAUCGAAAUGGACGCCAGCCCGACGGUCGAGCGGCGGGGGACCGGGGUCAGCGAGGAGGGGGAGGGGCGGAUGUUCAGCCCGGAUCAGGACGAUGAGAUUUUGGAGGAGCUGGGGGUGAAGGGGGAGGGGGUGGGUGUUCGGGAGAAGAGAGCGGCUAUGCUUGCGGCUCGAAGCAAGGACCCCGCUGUUCUGGUGGAUAUCCCGCAUGAUCCGAAUGCGGAGGAGGUGGCGGCGGCGAAUACGGUUGCGGGGCAGACGACGCCGGCGCCGGAGAGGGCGGAUCCGUUGGAGAGGGAGGAGGGGGAGGGGGAGGGGAGGUGAUGAUAUUGAGGGUUGAUCCCAGGGCUCAAGAAGAGGAGGUAAAGGGGCGUAUGAUUCAUGAUUGAGCGGAUGUUAGGUUGAGCGUUGCUAGCAUGUUCUUAGAACCGGUUUCGUAGCGUAUGUAUCUCUUGAUUUCAUUGUU